UCCAGCACAAACUAAUAAACGACAAAGGCACGUACACACCUCUGAUGAUAAACCUGCAUGGCGUCAGCUGUUGCUGCAAAUGACGAGGACGAUUUGGUUACUGCACUGGCUGCCACAAUGGUGACACAUGUGUUGGAAUCUCCGUGGAUUGUCCGGGCACAAAUGGAACUGACAACUUGUCGUAUUGGCUCUGGGGCGUUGCAAGAAAUUGUGUGAUUAAUUACUUAAGGCCUUAAAAAUUAACUUAAUAUUCAAAUUAAUAUGCAUACGCAUUAAAUUCGGGCCGAGCUACCUUUCAAAACAUUCUAAAAACGCAACGACAAAACCCAGAUUCGCAGUUUGCUUCACACUGUGAGAAAUGCAUUUAUGUAUUAAUAUUAUUAUCUUACUCGUCGAUAUUAACUUUCCGAAAUCUUUUAUUUCAAUAUAAAUAACUAAAUAUGAAUACCUAUAAGUAUAUAAAGACGGUUUGUUGUAAGUUAAUUUAGAGGGUCGCAUUGUGGUGUAUGUUGAACACUCCAACUUAUUUUGGGCUUUUCAUUGGAUAGAGUUAUCUUAAUGCGACAUAACCCAUUGCUACUGCCACCAUAUUGCAUAGAAAUUCGAUUGUAAAUCUCCAUGGAAUUACAAUUCGCUGUUGUAUACAUUUUAUUCCAUAUUUUGUAGCCAAUGUGAUUUACUUGUCAGAUUAGUUUUAUUUUCAUUUGAUUCAGUCAUUGGGGUGAUUUCAAAUUCUCUUCACUAUAUUUGGCCAUCCACACUAUCAUAUGCUCAAGAUUAUAAUAUUCAAUGCAAUAUCAAUACAUUUAUAUAAAUCAUGAAACCAAUGCUAUUGCCAAAACAUUUAGACGACCUGAUCGAUACAUUGCUUGCCUGGAAGUUCGAUAAGCGUAUAAAUGUGCCGGAAGUAGACAUCUUUAAGCUUUUACAGAUUGCACGUGGUGUAUUAAUUGAGGAGCCAAUGCUUCUGGAGAUAGAAGCCCCAAUAAAUGUGCUGGGUGACAUACACGGUCAGUACGGGGAUAUGCUCCGGUACUUUGACUCAGCAGGCCAUCCACCAAAAGCGAGUUAUCUCUUCCUUGGGGAUUACGUUGAUCGUGGCAAACACUCUGUGGAGACGCUAACCCUAUUAUUGGCCUACAAGGUCAAGUUCCCGUUUUCCAUGUUUCUGUUGCGCGGAAAUCACGAAUCGGCCAGCAUCAAUCAAGUUUACGGGUUCUUCGAUGAGUGCAAGCGCCGCUUCACAGUGCGACUAUGGAGGUGUUUUGUGGACACAUACAAUUGCAUGCCCGUGGCGGCCAUUAUUGGUAGCAGGAUAUUCUGUUGUCAUGGUGGCCUGAGUCCACUGCUGCAUGAUUUCAAUGAUAUACGCAGCCUGUCACGGCCAUGCGAAAUCAAGACAAAUGGCCUGCUUUGUGACUUGCUCUGGGCCGAUCCUGAUCCGGCCGUCGUUGGGUGGGCCAAGAACUCACGGGGCGUAAGCUUCACUUUUGGCGCUGACAUUGUCAUACAGUUCAUCUCUCGGUUUAACCUAGAUUUGGUUUGCCGCGCCCAUCAAGUGGUAGAGGAUGGUUAUGAGUUCUUCGCCAAGCGCCAACUUAUAACCAUCUUCUCUGCGGUCAACUACUGUGGCGAAUAUGACAACGCCGGCGCCAUGAUGUGCGUUGAUGAACUUCUAAAUAUUACGCUGGUUGUAAUGAAACCGAAAAAACGCGAGGGAGAAGUCAAAUUCACUGCCCUUGUGGAGAAAGCGCCGGAAAGAAUGAAAAAAUAGAUGGAUACUGCCAGUU